AUGACAUCGCUUCUUGGAGGACCAUUCUCAGAUGCUCUCCACACGGCUCUCGCCAGUCAACUCAACGUUUUAUCACAGAAAACGUCGGAUUCAGAUGGACCAACGACGUUCAGCUCAUCAUCAUCCGUUGAUUCUCCACCCUAUGAUCCGAUGUCGUUGAUUGGAACAGCUGGAAUGGUUGAACAGAAUGGAGCAAUUUUGGAUAUGUUCAAAGAAGGAUUGUUCGCCGCACUUGUCAAUCCACCACCCACCGACGUUGCUCACUCUGACACAGCCAGCUCAGAAUCUCCAGAACCCGUCGCUCCGUCCGGAGAACACGAAGAGAAUCAAAAUGGAACAGAAGAGAAUCACUCUGCUGCUCUCUCACUUAUUCAAUCGUUUGGAACUCCAAUCGGAAACUCAGAAUCUGAUUUUUCGGACGCCACAAUCCGUGAUUUAAUGCCAGUCCUCGCUGCUGCUCAAGCUCCAAACGGAGGAUCAUCACCAUACGGAGGAUCCGGAUCAAAUGGACUUCAUCUUGCAGCAGGAUCCAAUUCAUCUCCAUCCGCAUGGGCAAGAAAUGCGGGAAGAAAGAAGUCGCAUCCAGUCUGGGACUUUUUCAAAGACCUCAAAGACUCGACUGGCGCCGGUGGAGUGAUCUGCCUGCAUUGUACGUGGAGUGGAGACGAUCGGAGUCCGAAUAAUUUAAGAACACACUUGAAAAAGUUUCACUCGGAUGACGGGAUUUUCAAUAGAUUCAGUGAGAAGUUAGCCAAGUACUCCGGGGCUCCGGCUCUCCGUGUUUCUCCCUCAACCGGACCACUUUUGAAGGGACCACCCAAAAAGCUUCCACUUCUUCUUCUUCAUAUAUACUCCUCACUUUUCUUCCUUUUUGUCCAUCUUUUAGUUUUUUUUUGCCCCGGUGUGCAAGAGUAUUUGUGUAGAAAGUGGGGCGGCGAUCAUACCAUGAGUCGCCGGAAGCAACAAGACAGUACACUAGUCAUGGAACAUCCUCACUCAAAGGAUGAUUCAGCCUUCUAUGACUCUUCUAUUGCCACUGAUGGAGCUGAAAUUGAUGCAUCCCAACUGAUGGCUCUGCUAGAACAACAUACUGCAUCCAGUUCCUCUUCGUCAGUAACCGAGGCUCCUAUGGUAGCUGCACUGCUCAAAAAAGAGACAAUGGACAAAGAACUGUCUCCCCUAACGGCCGCGCGAGCCAAUGAGAUUUUGUUUGCCGCUGGAAUGCGCCCACAUAAGAAGACUUCUGAAAUCUGGGAGCAUUACAAAUGUCUCAAUGAGAAACAGAAUGUGGAAUGUAUCUAUUGUUGGAAAGUUCUGAAAAGAAACGACAGUAGUACAAAAUCCAUGUGGGGUCAUAUGAAUGCAUACCAUCAGGAUGUGCUAAGAGAUGGAACCACUCGUAAGAAGAUUAAAAGACCUGCUGGAUCCGGAUGUAUGGAUUUUGACGAGACUCCAACCCAGCCAUACGUCAAGCGUGUUCGUGGAGGAGGUAACACAUCAACUGGUUCGGUUCCACACGGACUUCCAUCAAUGGUCAAAAUGGAGCAAAAACCAAUUAUCGAUUCAAUGGCUUUCUUCCAACAACUUCAGCAAACUGGCACACUCUCCGAUGCUGACUUUUCCUCAUUUGCCAACGGAUCCUCUCUGAACUUCCUGGACUCUCUACCAAAAUCAUCAGAAGUUAUCAACAUUAACAGUGGUUUUGUGAAAAAGGAAGAGCUAGAAGACGAUACCGAAAAUCAUGUCGAGGCUGCCUCUUCUUCAAGUACCGAUGAACCAGUCAAAUCAGAGUCUCCGGAUACUUAUGGAUCACCAAACACUUCCACAAAUGAAGAUAACCAGCUAGCUGAUUUUGUGAGGAGUCUAUCGAAUACCAAUCCAGUGAUGUUCGCAAUGCUCAACGCUGCCGGAGCUGGAAACUCCACACCACCGCAGUCAUUUCCGAGUGUUUCUACUCAAUCUUCUAAACCACCAACAACAGCGUCCACUGCUACUUCAGUAACAGUAAAUACAGCCACCAGAUCUGCAUCUCCAACCACCACCCACGACACUUCAAAUGGGUCUUUGUCGCCAUCAAAGUUGGAAAAAGAUCCAUCAUCGUUUUCGCUGAGUGAAGGGCACUGUGCAGCUCAAUUGAUGUCAAUGGCUCUGGAUUUGGAAAUGACAAUGUCCUACCACAAAAGACGAUUGGACAUUGAGCUCUGUUUUGAGAGCAAUAAGACUGUCGAUGGAAAACAAGGAGUCAGAAAAGUCAUUUGCUUAACGGAUCUUGGAAAGGAAAUUAGAAUCACGGAAAGAAUAAACGGAGCCGUCAAAGACACAGAACUCUGGGUGAAGACAGAUUUUAAUCAAUUCCAUUGGGCGAUACGUGGAAAAUGCCAGAAGUGUUUCAACAAGGCCAGCCAACCUUGA